AAAAUAUUUCUAGACGUACAUGGUACUUACCACACCAUCCAGUAAUAAAUGUGAACAAGUCAGGCAAAGUACGUGUAGUUUUCGAUUGUGCUGCUAAGUACCACGGCAUUUCACUGAAUAGCCAAUUACUUCAAGGACCGGACUUAAUGAACAGUCUAGUAGGAGUUCUCAUACGAUUUAGGAAAUAGAAGGUAGCUCUAGCCGCAGAUAUUGAAUCAAUGUUUCACCAGGUGCGUGUUAUGGAAGAAGACUGUGAUGCUUUAAGAUUUCUAUGGUGGCCUGGUGGUGACAUCACACAGCAGCCAAAGUGCUAUCGUAUGAAGGUACAUUUGUUUGGAGCUACAUCAUCACCCAGUUGUGCAGCAUAUGCCUUAAAGCGUACUGCAACCGACAAUGCCCGUUUAUUUGGAAAGGAAGUGGUCUCUACAGUAGAACGAGAUUUUUAUGUCGAUGAUUGUCUGAAGUCUGUAGAAACGGAUGAUAAAGCUAUCAAGCUGGCUACAGAUCUGCAAACACUAAUGAAGUUAGGCGGAUUCCGAUUUACGAAGUGGUUAAGUAACAGUAGGGCUGUACUGAACGCUAUUCCAGAAUCUGAACUCGCACCAUCUGUCGUCAAUCUGAGUCUAGACGAAACUUUACCAUGUAAUCGAGCACUUGGUGUACAAUGGAAUGUUAACAACGACAGAAUCCAGAUUAAAGUCAAGCUGUCUGAUAAGCCACUCACGAGACGCGGCAUUCUGUCAGUUGUAAGUUCAAUAUACGACCCACUGGGACUCGUCUCGCCCGUAACACUUCAAGCUAAAGCUAUAAUACAGAGCCUGUGCAGACUGAAGAUCGGCUGGGAUGACCAGAUACCACAGAGCAUCAACAAUGAAUGGCAUACCUGGUUAUCAACCUUACCUUGUCUGGAGAAUGUGUCUGUAAACCGCUGUUUCCGACCAAGUGACUGUGUUAAAUCUACGGAACUGCAUAUAUUUAGUGAUGGAUCCGAAACCGCCUAUGGAGCCUGUGCUUACCUUCGAUUUGUUGAUACCUAUGACAAUGUAACAUGUUCUCUAGUCAUAGGAAAAUCUCGUUUAGCCCCGAUCAAACAGAUGUCUAUACCACGUCUUGAGUUAUCCGGAGCUGUUGUCGCUUGCCGUAUUUAUGCGAUGUUGUCCGAUGAACUAGAUAUAAAAUUUGAUCAAGUUACCUUCUGGACUGAUUCCAUGAUUGUGUUAGGAUACAUAAAGAACGUAUCAAAACGGUUCAAGACAUUCGUUGGCAAUAGACUCAGCAUUAUACAUAAUACUACCUCACCAGACCUGUGGCGCCAUAUUGACACAAAGUCGAAUCCCGCAGAUAUAGCUUCAAGAGGCAUACAUGCGAAUGACACUAAGAAUCUACAUAUUUGGCUAAAUGGACCAGAUUUUCUAAGAAAAGAUCAUACUCAGUGGCCACAGAAUCAGCUUGCACCGGAAGUAACCGACGAUGAUACAGAAGUGAAGAGAGAAGCCAAGAUAAACAUCACAGUGACUAAUAGAAGUCUAGAUGAUAUCAUUGAUCGCUACUCAAGUUGGACUAAACUUAGAAGAGCAGUCGCGUGGUUACUUAGAUACAAGGUAUUUUGCAGACAGAAAUACUUAAAUCACGAACUUGACAUGGACGAAGGAAACUUAACAUUAGCGGAAAUCCAGAAAGCAGAACAUGAAUUAUUGAUACAUGUACAACAGGACACAUUCGCAAAUGAGAUGAACAACUUGAAACAAUUCAAGCCAGUCAGAACUGAUAGCAGCAUUGCAUCUCUAAACCCCAAAAUGUGUGACAAACUAAUCCGAGUACGAGGACGUAUACAAUCUAGAAACCUGAGUAAAUGUCCCAUUAUACUACCAAGCAAGCACACUAUAACAAAAUUAAUAAUUCGACAUAUUCAUGAGAAUAACGGUCAUGCCGGAAAACAACAGGUACUUGCAAUCCCGCGUGAGAAGUACUGGAUAGUUCAAGGACUGAGUGCUGUAAAAGGUGUAGUGAGAAGUUGCAUGGUGUGCAGACGACAACACUCCCCCCUGCUACAACAACAGAUGGCGCCUCUUCUUGAAGAGCAGACGACACCAGAUGAACCCCCUUUCACUUACGUUGGAAUAGAUUACUUUGGUCCACUGAUUGUAAAAGAAGGUCGCACACAUGUGAAAAGAUAUGGCUGUCUUUUUACCUGUCUUUCAACUGGAGCGGUACACCUGGAGGUCUGUCAUAGUUUGACAACUAACUCCUUCGUCGCAGCAUUUCAACGCUUUACCUGUCGCAGAGGAUAUCCAAAGAAGGUGUAUAGUGACAAUGGCACGAAUCUUGUAGGUGGCGAUCGUCAGCUGCGACAGUCGAUACAAGAAUGGAAUUCUUCAGCAAUAGGGAAAUAUAUGACAGAAAAGGAAAUAGAAUGGCACUUUAACCCGCCUCAGGCGAGUCAUAGAGGAGGAGCCUGGGAAAGGACGGUCCGUUCCACACGAACAAUUUUAAAAGCGUUGGUCAGACGACAAUUGCUCACAGAUGAACAAUUAGUUACGCUGAUGACAGAAACUGAAAGAAUCCUGAACGAUAGACCAAUAACCAAGGUUAGCGAUGAUCCUGAAGACAUGUCUGCCCUCACACCAAAUAUGCUACUACUAAUGAAGACUAACAGUAGUAUUCCAAGGGGAAUAUAUAAUAAGAAUGACAAAUAUGUAAAACGAUGGUGGAAGCAGGUGCAAUAUCUCUCUAACGUUUUCUGGAGAAGAUGGAUACGAGAAUACUUACCAGCUAUACAACAGAGACAAAAAUGGCAAAGAAAGACCACAGAUUUACGUGUAGGUGAUAUUGUGCUAGUGUUUGACGAAAGUACCACAAGAGGAAAAUGGCCAUUGGGAAGAAUUGUAAAAACAAACAAAAGCCGUGAUGGACAUGUACGAAGCUGUAUUGUAAAGUAUAAAAAUACACAGUGAAACCAAUUACGAAGUUGUGCCUACUUGAAAGUUCAGCUUAAGCUUAAGAGUACGAAUGAUCUGUGUACGAACAAUCCGGGCAAUCUGUAAGUCGAAUUUAUCAGCUGCCGUUUUUACAUGAAGUUACAUAGACACUUUCUCAGAAGUGAGUCAAGUGACGCUGAUAUCGUGAAAGAAAUAUACUUGUAAAUAUUCCAAAGAGGAUAAAUUACAGCAUUUAAAUGGAAGUAGUGUGCUUUCAAAUGCUAGGGUAUUUAUUCGAAAAGCAUAAUUAUCAAGACUGUUAAUGAUACUACAUUAAUUUAUAACAUACAUGGUUAUGAUAAAUUUGAAUUCUGUUAUGAAAUCUGGAAAUUUCACGGCGAGGACUGUUAGAAACGUAUUACAUUUCUAAUUUGAAUUUACGUCUUUACCGCCUUUUCUUACGUGCUUUUACGCGACGUCCAAACAUUGACGUCGACGUCAUCAUUUUCUGUUGUUAUUGUUUUGAACGUCGCUUCCGUUAGCGCAAACAUAUAUUUCAAUUCAGGAACUUGAUGUAAAACUUGGUAAAGAUCAAAAAUCGAAAAUCAUCCCCGGUUCGGUCAAAACCUCGAAGGUAACUCAGAAACUAGAAGGAAUAUAGACAAGAGACAUACAUCGCUGGAAAGAGCAUUAAAAUGUGCAUAGACUGUGCUAUAACACGAGUGGAAUAGAUGCUGCAGUUUUUACUAACCUUUGAAAAUUGGUAAAAAAGUUAAAAUCCCCCAUGUUGAUUUCCGUGUUCCGUACCAUUUUGGGUCACGUGAUUCCCCAAACUGUUACUAUAAAUGUGAAGAAACAUAGAGAAAAAAGGCUUCAGUUUAAAGGAUACAGCAGAAGGAAUAUCAAAUAAAAAUGACAUAGCCUUUAUCGUGUCACCAGCUUUACUGGCAGUUUCUUUUAAUGUAUAUAUAAAACGUCUUUAAUUCAAUAAUCCUGUUUGUUCUUUUAUGAUAAUCUAUAACAUCCUGCACAUCCGUGCAGUCUGAUCAUG